AUGCCUCCUAAAAGGGAACAUAAGAAAGACAAUGAUUCACUGACUGGUGUGGUUGUUGUGGACUCAUACGACCCACGUUUUGCUCCUUUCUCGGAAACUGGAAAACCAUGGUGCCUUUUCCCCAUUUGUAGUGUGCCUGCUAUCAAUUUUACGUUGUCCUGGAUCGCCCGAACAGAAGUGCAGAAGCUCUUGUUGGUUGUUUCUGAGAAAAACGUGCAUGCAAUCGAGAAAUUGGAGAGGAAUUGGAAUCAUUGUUUCGAAUCUAUAUCUAUUGUAAGUUGCAAAAAUGCAAUGAACGUUGGAGACGCGUUGAGAGAACUCGACACUCGAGGACUACUAACAGGUGAUUUCUUAUUGGUUUCGGAUCCUGCCACUGUCACCUCAUCCACGUUACAAACUCAGAUAGCUGCUUUUCGAGAACGUCGUGCCGAAAACAAGAAUAACGUAAUGACGUUGAUCUACUCUGAUCUAAAAACUCCAAAUAAUGCUGUGAUUGCCGUUGAGAGUGUGACAAAAAAGCUGAAGGCUUAUCAUAGACAGGAGGAUCCUAGAAAAUUAGACAUUGACAAGUCGUAUUUCAUCGGAGAUGCUGUGAUACGCCAAGACAUCCUCGACAGCGGUAUUGCCCUAUGCUCGCUGAACAUAUCCACACAAUUCAGCGAUAAUUUCGACUUCCAGCAUCGUGAUGACGUCAUACGAGAAAUACUUGUAAACGAGGAAAUUCUUCUUCAAAACAUUCACGUGGAAAGACUACAACUCCUUGCUGCUAGUUUGAGCAACCUCGUCAUGGAAAGAUGGUUUCAUCCGCUCGUUUUGGAUAGAAUGGUGUGUCUUGAUUCCAUACAUAAACGUUGCCUACAGAGCUCCCAGUUCUUACACUAUCUCAGUUCGUUGAGUUUUCUGAGAAACUUGCCAGUUUUCAAUGCGCUGCCAGGCCAACGGAUGUACUGUAGCACAUGCAACGAGACUCUGCGAAAACUUAACACGCAUUCAAAAGGGCUCACAUACGCAACUUUCGUUUCCAACCACGUGUUCAAUGUCACCCUUGGCUGUGAUUGUGAUAUUGACGAUUCUGUUGCCUUGCAAUGUGCAUCGAUAGGAAAUGGUACCAAAAUUGGUACGUUCGACUGA